AGUGUGUGGACUAUAUAAUCUUUCCUCGAACGGAAACUGAUGCAUCACCUGGAAUUCAUGAGUCUAUGAGUGCAUUCUUCUCACUUUCAGCAGAUCUGCCAGGAUGAGACUUCCAGCCGUCGUUCUUCUCGCCGCCAUCUCCACGGCGUUGGCCGGUGGCGUCACCGUAAAGACCCUGGUGUCCCCGACGGAGACGAGUAACAGCUACGUGGAGAUGGUCCCUGUGAAGCCCCGGACCCUGAGGGCCUUCACUCUGUGCAUGCGCGUGGCCUCGAAGCUCAAGGGGGAGCGGGAGGUCAACCUGUUCGCGUACCGGACCAGAGACUCCGACGAGCUGAAAGUGAGGCGUGAGCUGGACGGCAGGUUGUCCUUCUACCUGAGCGGAGUGCCAGUUUUAUUCGAAGUCCCUCAGCUCGGUGCCCUGGAGACCCACCUGUGCAUCACCUGCGAUUCCAAAUCGGGUGCGGCCACCCUCUUCAUGGACGGGAGUAAAAGCAUGACCAAGAUCUACAAGAAGGGCCACGCUCUCCACUCCGGGGGCAGGGUCGUCAUCAGACAAGACCCGGACUCCAACUUGGGCAAAUUUGACGCCAAACAGAGUUUCGUCGGGGAGAUGCAUGAUGUCAACAUGUGGGACUCUGUCCUCUCAGCAAGCACGAUCCGAGACAUGUACUCCGGGGACAGAGGUCCGAGAGGGAACGUCUUUCGACUGAUACACCGUAGAGCUCAGAGUCAACGGGCAGGUGGACGUCCUCCCCCUCGUCGUCCCCCUCAUCGUCCCCCUCAUCCCCCCCCUCAUCGUCCCCCUCGUCGUCCCCGUCAUCGUCCCUAGAGUUUUUGCAGCCUGUGUGACCUCUUGCGAAGGAGGUGAUUUGUUGGUAGAAUGUGGUUAAUGUUAAUUUACUACUUUGAUUACAUUCCUUUCAGUUCAAUAAAAACCUAUGUUGACAUAUUGAA